CUUCGAACAACAUUCAGCUGAAAGUUUUCGUGCGAUACCUGGUCUUGUCUGCAUUUCCACCCUUGAGCCUCAAAUACUAGCGCUGAUUGCGGUUAAACCUCGGCGACUUUCAGAACUGCUUCAACGAACGACGAGCACCACCAAACCGACAUCUCCCUCAAGCUUCCUCUGCCACAACCAGUCAAUUGACCUCUGGUCGCCCCGAAGCUCACCAUGUCCUCUCACACAGCAGCAAAAGCUGCACAAGCCGUCAACCGCGUCGUCGCAGUCAACAAAAAAUACACAGUCCAAUCCACCGGUAUCUGGGAACGAAUUCGCCGCCUUCUAGCCGUCGACCCUACUCGCAGCAAUGGCGUGCCACUCAACCCUCAAUUCCGCAACCCACCCCCAGGCUCCAACGACCCCUUCUCGUUCAUCGACCCCGUCACCAUCCCGGCUGGCGAUAUCGCCGAGAACCCAUACUGGAAACGCGAUGCUCGUCGCUCGUACCCUCGAUUAUCUACCGUUACACAAGGAGAUGCUGUUGGACUGUUGAGCUUAGGAUCCCAAAGUCACCCUAAGAAGGAAUUGAUCGGGGAGGCCGGAACGAAGGAGUUGGUUGCUGUCAAGGAAGAGGGAGAGAUGGGGCUGGCGAGUUAUUUUGGAAAGGUGGGGAAAGAGGGCACGUUGGCUGCGUUGGGCACCGAUGGGUUACCGCCGUUGCCUUCAGGUGCGAGUUUGAAGGCUGGGGCGGAUAAGUAUCAUUUGACGGCAGAGAAUGCGUAUCCUGAGCAAUACCCGUGUCGGACGUUUCAAUAGAGGGUGGAGAGAUAGGUUCGCGAGUUGUACAUAUUAGAAUGGAUUGCAUGUCAAAAUGCCAAGUAGUCCAGUUUGCACAGCACUUUCGUACGAGUGUUUUGUUUUCAUUUUUUUUGGGAUUUCUGAGCAAAUCAUCUGCAAAGCUAAGUUGGGCUCACUCUUACACUGAUUCUCACUUUAGAGAAUUGUAUUUUGCAAAGAUUUUAAGCUAAG